GUUAAUAGGCAAGAAGAUCCGAUCUGUUGUUUACAGACUAAACACUAGUAGUAGUACUAUUGUAUAAAAUGCUCUGCUGUGGCCAUCAUCAUCGUCCUCAUCUCCAUCUCUAGUUUUCUCUUGCCCAGCAAAAAUGGCCAUUCCCCAAUUCCAUUUCCCUACUUCCACAAUCUUCAUCUUCUUCUUCUUCUUCCUCGCCACUUCUCGCUCCUCAGACAGCAACCUCCCAUUCCAACCCUUCGACGUCUCCUCUUCACUGCAACUCACCCGUCAAAUCUUCCAACCUCACCUCGUCGAAACCCCUAACGCCGUUAAUUAUUCACUUGACGCCGCCUUCUCCGUCUCCGCCUCCUCUUUCUCGCUCCCUCUCCACUCUCGCUCCUCCCUCCCUCUCCCCAACCCCUACCGCAACAACUACACCGCCCUCACUCUCUCCCGCCUCGCCGCCGACAAGGCCCGCGCCGACGCCAUCGUCGCCGGCCAGGAACUCCUCCAGUCGCCGGUCACCUCCGGCGUCCGCCAGGGCAGCGGCGAGUACUUCGCCAGAGUCGGAUUAGGACAGCCGCCCAAGGAAUUUUAUAUGGUGAUCGACACCGGCAGCGACAUCACGUGGCUCCAAUGUCAGCCCUGCACCGCCUGCUACCACCAAUCGGACCCCGUCUUUAACCCGUCGGAAUCCUCCACCUACCGCCGCCUCACGUGCGGCUCCUCCACCUGCGCCGCGCUCCACGUGCGCGGCUGUGGAACGGACGGGACCUGUGUUUACGAGGUGGACUACGGCGACGGGUCCCGGACCUUGGGGGACCUCGCGACCGAAACGGUUUCGUUUGGCUCGACCGGGUCCGUGCCGAACGUCGCCGUCGGGUGCGGCCACGACAACGAGGGUUUAUUCGCCGGCUCCGCCGGUCUUCUCGGAAUGGGCGCCGGCGCGCUGUCGCUGCCGUCGCAGAUCGGGGCGACGUCGUUUUCGUACUGUCUGGUGAAACGCGACUCCAGCGCCGCCUCGACGCUGGACUUCAACACAGCGCCGCCGUCGGACGCCGUCGUGGCGCCGCUGCUUACGAACUCUUACGCUGCCACCUACCGCUACGUCGCCAUCACCGGAAUCCACGUAGGCGGCCGUCCGGUUCAGAUUCCGGAGUCUUUAUUUGGUAUCAGCGCCGACGGCCGGGGUGGGGUGAUUGUGGACUCCGGCACGGCGGUGACUCGGCUCCGGUCGGAAGUCUACGCCGCCUUCCGGGACACGUUCAAGAGCAUGAGCCGGAACCUGCCGCCGUCCGACGGGUUCUCGCUGUUCGACACGUGCUACGAUCUGUCGUCGAUGAGUACGGUGAGUGUCCCGACGGUAGGGCUGCAGUUCGCCGGCGGGAAGAGUCUGGCGCUGCCGCCGGAGAAUUACUUGAUUCCGGUGAGCAGCGAUGGGAAGUUCUGCCUGGCGUUUGCGGCGACGGAGGGGUCACUGUCGAUAAUAGGUAAUGUGCAGCAGCAGGGGACACGUGUCAGUUAUAAUCUGGCUAAUAAAUACGUUAGUUUCAGCCCGCAUAAAUGCUAGCCAGGCUGGACGAGGCGUAUAGACAGUUGAGGAAAUUCAAUAUCAUAAAUGUAAUGUCGAUUUACUUUUGCUUAAUUCAAAUAUUCAGAAAAAAAGGAAAAAGAAAAAAUAAUAAUAAUAGGCGUGUUUAUUUAGAUAA